AUUCGGUAUAAGAUGGAGAGCCUGUUACUGGCGCUCGUGGCAACAUUGGCAAUGGCGUCUUGUGGUGGGAUGGCGAACCCUGAGGCGAAGCGUCUGUACGAUGAUCUCCUCUCCAAUUAUAAUCGAUUGAUACGUCCCGUCGGCAAUAACUCCGAUCGACUCACUGUCAAGAUGGGUCUGAGGCUAUCCCAACUGAUUGAUGUGAAUUUGAAAAAUCAAAUUAUGACCACUAACGUUUGGGUUGAACAAGAAUGGAAUGAUUAUAAGUUAAAAUGGAAUCCAGAUGACUACGGAGGUGUUGACACUCUCCAUGUUCCAUCUGAACACAUUUGGCUGCCAGAUAUAGUUCUUUAUAAUAAUGCCGACGGUAAUUACGAGGUGACUAUCAUGACGAAGGCGAUUCUGCAUCACACCGGCAAAGUGGUAUGGAAGCCGCCUGCCAUUUACAAAUCCUUUUGUGAGAUCGACGUCGAGUACUUCCCGUUCGAUGAGCAAACGUGUUUCAUGAAAUUCGGAUCGUGGACGUACGACGGAUAUUUGAUUGAUCUGCGACACUUACAACAGACGCCCGAUUCGGACAACAUAGACGUCGGGAUCGAUCUGCAGGAUUACUACAUCAGUGUGGAAUGGGACAUAAUGCGCGUGCCGGCCGUUAGAAAUGAAAAAUUCUAUUCGUGUUGCGAGGAGCCCUAUCCCGAUAUAAUCUUCAACAUAACUCUCCGACGAAAGACGCUGUUCUACACGGUCAAUCUGAUCAUCCCAUGUGUAGGAAUUUCGUUUUUGUCCGUUUUGGUGUUCUACCUCCCGAGCGAUUCCGGAGAAAAAAUCUCUCUGUGUAUUUCGAUUCUGCUGUCUCUGACUGUGUUCUUUUUGCUGCUGGCCGAAAUUAUACCUCCUACGUCCCUCACGGUACCUUUGCUGGGAAAAUAUCUCCUCUUUACUAUGAUGCUGGUCACGCUCUCUGUAGUGGUGACCAUAGCAGUGUUAAAUGUAAACUUUAGGAGUCCUGUUACGCAUAAAAUGGCACCGUGGGUGCAUAGAUUAUUUGUGGAGCUACUGCCUAAAGUUUUGUGUAUGCAAAGGCCGAAAAAAGAUGACAACGGGCAAGAUGACACGCAGGAUGAUAGGCCGUCGGAAGUGUUAACGGAUGUCUUCCAUGUACCAUCAGAAAUCGAUAAGUACGUGCCGUAUGGCGGGAAGAGGUUCAGCGCGGACGAGUUCGAAAUACCAGGUUUGCCUCCCCUGCGAUACAUCCAAAAUUCCCAAGUACCCACAGGUCGUGCAGAUGGGGCAGGUGUCGUAAGCGGAGGAUCUCCCUUACACAGGUUAGGCUGCGUAGAAGACGAAAUGUUUGCAGAUGCGGUCAACCUGGAUGGAGCGACGUCUGGUGAAAGUAAUGGUCCUAUGGACGAUGACCAGUGUUUGGACAGAGAGAGCCCGGUUUUCGAUAAACCCAUUGUGAGGGAAAUGGAAAAAACCAUCGAGGGUUCGAGGUUCAUAGCUCAACAUGUCAAGAACAAGGAUAAAUUUGAAAGUGUGGAAGAGGACUGGAAGUACGUCGCGAUGGUGCUGGACCGUCUGUUCCUGUGGAUUUUCACGUUGGCUUGUAUAGGCGGAACGGCGCUUAUCAUUUUACAGGCACCCUCUUUGUACGACACGACACAACCUAUAGACAUUUUGUAUUCAAAAAUUGCAAAGAAGAAACUUGAACUGCUUAAAAUGGGCACAGGGGAACUAUGAGAUACGGCUCCAACAUGGCUAGAGUACUUCAUGCAAUUGAUGAACUGAUCGACUCUGCCUGAUGGAGGAACCGUGUUAAAACACUAAACUAAGUAAAUUUUAUUGUUGUAAAUAAAUUCAGAGCGAAAACGUUCGUUAACAAUCGUGUGAUCAAGAUGGAAUAUUAUGAUAAUGAACUUGUGAGUUAGUGAAAAUUAAAACAAAAAGUGCCAACCGCGGAUAUGA